UUUUUUUAAAAAAUGUCUUCAAAAUUUAUUUAUUUUCCAAUUUUAUUUUUAAUUAUUUUAAACAAUUCUUGGGCAAAAUGGGCAUUUUUAUCAGACCAAUCCAAAUGCAAUUUGAAUUGUUUAAAUGGAGGGGUUUGCUCUUUUUUGGUUAAAAAACCGGAAGUACAUAAAUGUAUUUGUUUAAUUGGAAUGUUUGAAGGACCUCAAUGUGAACAGGCUAUUGACCAAAAUAUACAAACAACAACACCAAUAUAUACUUCUUUAAAUAAUGAAGAAGAAGAAAUGGAAGACGAAGAAGAAGAAUUAUAUGAAGAUGAUGAAACUAAGGAGGAAGAAGAAAAGAAUGUUAGAGAAAUAAAUCAAAACAAUAACCCCCCAAUUUAUGGACAAACACAACACUUUAUUGGGCCAGAAGAGACUAACACAAUGAGUACAAAUCUGGAAAAAUUUGAAUCAUGGCAUCGCCCUCUCUCCGCUGUCCAUGAAGAAAAUUUUGAAGAGCUAAAAAUAAGCACUCCAACAAAACAAAAAUUUAAAGGAAACGAAAAAACACAAAAAGAAAAAAGAAAAAAAAUUUCAAAAAAAUUUCCUCCCCAGCCAACAACAACUUCCUUUCCUUAUAAAGAAAUGGGAGGAGGAGAUGGAUGGAUGGUGACAAGACGGGGGGAAAAUUCUUUUUAUUCGUCUUCUUCUUUUGCUUUGAGGAGAAGAAAUUUGCCUUUAAUUGGGGGAAUAAUGAUUUUUAUUUUGUUUAUUUAAAAAAAAAUUUUUGGUAAAUUUACUGGAACUUCGUUUAAAUGGUCUGUCCCUAGUAUUCCAAAAUACGGCCCUGGGACUGGAAUGAAGGGAUUGAGGUGUCCCCUACCCUUAAUACAGUCGGACCUCAUUAUAAAAUAUCCCCUUGGUGAAAUCGUCUCUUAUAAGGAGGUUUUCUUAAAUAGAAGGUAUCACUUAAGUUCACCUACUCAAUG